GCUGCUCGCUAGAGGGCGCGCGGGCCUCAGGAGGACUUCCUACAUUCGCCCCCCAUUACCUCACUGCCCCGGGUGCAUGCUGGGAUCGCGGAGGACUCGCGUCCCGGCUCUCCCAGUCCUCCAGCUGCCCGGGGAAUCCCUCUAGCACUUCUUCCCCGCCGCCGCCGCCGCCGCCGCUUCCUCCUCCGCCCUCCGGGCGGUCGCGUCCCCCCCGCCCCCUCCGUCCGCGCGUCCGGCCCGCCGCGGCCCGCUUCUCUCGGGAGCCCCCACCCAGGCGCAUGGCUCCAUGAAGCAGGAGGAGAAGGCAGAGCGCGAGAGGUCCCGUCCGCCCCGGCUGCGUGUGGGCCAGGAGACGAGGUGCAGGAAGGAGGAAUGGACCCAGAGGGAAGAGGGCUCCUCUCCCGAACAGCGUAGCCCCCUGGUGUAGCGACUCCCCGGCAGAGCACACUUCCUGGUUCCGCAGCACUCCAGACCGCGAGCACUGAAUCAGGAUGGGAAAAAGACGCUGCGUCCCUCCACUCGAGCCCAAGCUGGCGGCAGGCUGCUGUGGGGUCAAGAAGCCCAAGCUGUCCGGGAGCGGCGCGCACAGUCACGGGACCCAGGCGGCCGCCGCGCCCGGCUCCAGCUCGGGGCCUCUGCAGAACCACCAGCAUGUGGACGGCGCCAGCGGCCGCGAGAAUGUGUCCGACCUAGCGCUGGGCCCCGGCAGCUCCCCCGUCACCCGGAUGAAUCCCGCCUCGGGAGCGCUGAGCCCCCUGCCCCGGCCCAACGGAACUGCCAACACCACCAAGAACCUGGUGGUGACCGCAGAGAUGUGCUGCUACUGCUUCGACGUCCUCUACUGUCACCUCUACGGCUUCCCGCAGCCACGGCUCCCCAGGUUCACCAACGACCCCUAUCCGCUCUUCGUGACGUGGAAGACGGGGCGCGACAAGCGGCUUCGUGGCUGCAUCGGGACCUUCUCAGCCAUGAACCUUCACUCAGGACUCAGGGAAUACACGUUAACCAGUGCACUUAAGGACAGCCGCUUCCCCCCGCUGACCAGAGAGGAGCUGCCCAAGCUCUACUGCUCCGUCUCCCUCCUCACCAACUUCGAGGACGCCAGUGACUACCUGGACUGGGAGGUGGGGGUCCAUGGGAUUCGAAUUGAAUUCAUCAACGAAAAAGGCGUCAAACGUACAGCUACCUACUUACCUGAGGUCGCUAAGGAACAAGACUGGGAUCAAAUCCAGACAAUAGACUCUUUGCUCAGGAAAGGUGGCUUUAAGGCUCCAAUUACCAGUGAAUUCAGAAAAACCAUCAAACUCACCAGGAAUAAUCACCUUGCAGUGGAGGAGUGAUUUCAGUGGGAAAGAGAUGGCUCUGGGUACCGGAGUGAGAAGGUGACAAUCAGUUACGCGGAGUAUGUCGCUUCCCGGCAGCACUGUUUUCAGAACGGCACUCUCCAUGCCCCGCCCCUCUACAAUCAUUACUCCUGACACGCGGCUGCAUGACCAGUCCCACCCCCCUGUGGCCACCAAUGGCUAUGACAUCAUUGGAGCAGACGCCUCCUCGUCCUGGUCCAGUUACUUCUAUUACUGUACCAUUUUAUGAUGCUAGCUUCCGUUGCCGAGUCUGCCUCCAGCCGGCUGAGGGGAGGGCGGGGUUCUAGGGGAUGAAGCGGAACUUCCGAGGGGCCCAAGCCUUAUCUCAGCCUUUCCUCUGUACGGGGUUCUGUCGGAUCGGGGCUCCUCCGCGACUAGCGAGAACUGCCCUGUGGGCCCAGAAGACUCUUGGCCUGCAGGUGCCACCCGUGUGAGGGCCGCCCCGUGGAAGCGGGAACCGGUUACCCACGAAGGCUUCGCCCCACACGUGCCCCUACAGCCUUUCCAGAUCGAGUCAGUGUGUGCCCGGCAGCCUGGGCAACGGAGACCAACAAGAAACAUUUCUAGGUUGUUUUAAAUUCCUUUUUUUAAACUUCCAGUUUAUUGCUUACCAACUAAGAGUUGAUCCCAGCCUCCAUGCUUGUCAGCGGGCGCCGCGCUGGGGUGGCAUCUGGGCGCCCGGGGCUCCCGUGGCCCCUGGACAGACCCCGUCAAGAUCGGAAGCCCUGCGGAGGGCCUGCGGGUCUCCGUGCCCAGGGGGCCUGGGCGGGCGUGGUUCCCACCCACGGCCAGCUGGAUUCUCGGCUCCCUUCCGGCAUGGCGUCUCCGGAGCGGGCUGGGCUCUGUGGCGUGGCCUGCUGAGGAGAGAACUGGGAUGCCCGCGGGAGUUCCUGCCGUCAUCACUGCGCGCAGCGUGGAAGGAGAGGCCGCUCUCUACCACCCGGCUACCUCACUCCUCUACUGGUAGCAGUGCCUAUAGCUGGCCGGGCCCUCAGCAGGCAGAGGUGCGCACGCCCGCGCGCGCCCGGGUGUGGGGUGACACCCCGCAGGAGGGGAUCUAGGGUCUCCAGGUGUCCGGAGGGGCCUCACCGCCGAAGAGUUCCUUGUCCUAGCUUGCCUGUAGCAGAGGGGAGACCGUCCGCGCUUCAGUCCUUCACGGGCGUGGCCUCGAAGCCGUCCGGUCACACGCGGUGAAUCUCUGUGUUGCUCGCCGUGCCGGGAGUCGCCACCCCACCAGGGCAGAGUUCCAAGUAGCUCGUCUCACUCUAGGUCACUCAGACUUUGACGUGGCACAGGUCCCCGUCCCCGUCCUGUCGCUGCUGACCCGAGUAGCUGUCAGCAGGUCUCGCCUCCCUCUGGCCUGUUCUUCACUCACCCUGGCGGCAGAGUGCAGAGAAGUUGGGGACUUGGAAGAUGCGUUGGAAACCUUGCACGGAGGCGCUGCCGGAGUGAUGGACAGGGGAGGUGGCCGGUCGGAAGAAAGGACCCUGAGGGGGGAUGCGCUUCCUGGUGUUCGACCACAUGCUUAGAAAACUAGCGGAUUGGGUGUCAACCCGACGGACACAGAUGUUCUGAUUUAAUUUAUUUUUUUUAAGUUUAUGUGGUAACGGUAUGGCUCUCCACAAUGGGCAGGUACGGGAGUUGAAAGAUCUUUCGAGUGUUCUUCAGCCAGGAGUUGAGGAAGGGGAGUGGGGCGAACGUCCGAGAAGCAACGCUGGGCAGGCGUUGCGGUCUCGUUCCUUGGAAGAGGUGGGGGACGAGGAGCAGGUUGGUGUCGGACGCUCUCCUCUGUCGUUCAUGAGACUGUGAAUGUGCGAGGGAAACGCGGGGCUGACACGGGGGUCCGAGGCAGGGCACAUCACCGCAUCCUGCUUUGCACUGUGUUCCGGGGACCUGCCACCUUUCCCUCUCAGUGCUAGGGAGACGCUUCUGGAGAGGAGGGGGUUGCUUCCUGAUGUCUUGCUGCUGAGAAUACAUGUCUUGUGACAGACAAAUGUGACAACAGUUAACUCUUAGGUGCCAUGGAUUGUCGCCGGGUGGUCAGCUCUGGACUAAACCACCCCUCUCCAAUUUGUACAACAGUAUUGAUACAUAGGGCUACACUCAUUACGUUCAAGUGUUCUAUGUUAAAAGUUGUGUUUAAUUUCUAAAGAUUAAAAAAAAAAACAAAAGCAAAAAACUGGUGCUAAACUUCCACCCUGAGCACGCUCAGUGAGACUGGUCAUGCGAGCAUUUACAGUGCCAUGCUCUUCAAGCCUAAUUUUUCUUGUAGAAAUGUUGCCCUAUUUGUCUUCCCCACUGUAUAGUACUUUUUUUUUUUUUAAUUUUAUUGAGGGUAGGGUAGGAUACCUGCCAUUUAAGAAAAUGAACAGAAAAAAUUAAAAAAAAAAAAACACAAAAUGGGGGGGGAAAAAAUCAGUGCACAAGAAUCCGGGCUGGGUGAGCCCAGCAGCACACUGAAGUGGGCUCAGUGGUUCUGGGGUGGAGAAGCCUUACUCCCUGCACAGCCCCUCCCAACCCCGCACAAGGCCGGCCGCGGAGAAGCCCGAGUUCUCCUGCCUUGCCGAGGGCGCUAAGGAGUCAGCCCAGGAAAAGAUUCAGCCCCGUCCGCAGUGACACAGUGUCAGUCGGCAGCGGGGCCCGGUCAGGAUGUGGUCUGGAAUUGGACGGUCAUGGUCCCCUCACGAAGUGUGGCAGGUGGCUCUCAGGAAAAAUACGAAGUCUGGAUCAUCCACGUGGCAGCUUUGCAUAGGGAGAGGACGGCUCCGAACGGAACGGAACUGCCUUCGCGUGCUGGCCCGGAGCAUUGACGAGGGUGGCUCAGACAUGUGGUACGCGUGGUAGGUCUCAAGGGGAGGAAAUGCUUUCGGGUGGGUGUUUCUUUUGUCCUUGGGCUGAGCAGAAGAGAACCACUGUUGCAGAGGACCUCGCCCACCGUGGCUGGUGUGUUUCGGAGUUCGUUUCACCCCUAGCUGUGAGUGCCUUUUGGUCUGGAAAGUUCGUCUCAUAAUACCCACAGCUAGGACAUUCUAAUUAUGAAUUGUCCUUGUUCUCCAUUAACUAAGAGAAUGUCUUUGAUCACUAGAGUUUGUCGAUGUUGGAUUGUUUCCACUGUGAGGUUCUUAAACUUUUUCACUUCAUAUUAAAGCAACUCAUGUUAGACCUUUUCAACGUGAAAGGUUUGUAGUUGAGACAUUACCUAUAUUUUAUUGUUUAUAAUUAAAAAAAUCAUCUAUACAAAAGUCUUGGGUGUUAAUUUUAACAUUUGCACAAAAAAAUCUGUUUUUCAUGAUAUGUUAAACACCUACAGUUUCACUAACUUGUUAUUUUCUAUUGAAAUUCUGGAGCCUAGGAAGCUAUGUGUUCUGUUUCUUUUCAUUCUGAUUUCCCUGAAGCAAGAGACUUUGUAUGGCCUUCAGUGCAAAGACUUCAGACCAAUUCUUUGUAUUACACUUGGUUGCCUCUUGGCUAUAUAACUUCUUGAGUGAAAAUCAUUGAACUCUAACGAAGUAUUGUAGAGAAUAAAUCAUAAUGGGUAAAAAUUA